UGAUCCCUGACCAUAGCUCUUGCAGAGGGAAAAAUUCACCGCAAGCAGAGCACCUUCUAGAUUGCUCCUGGAGUGUGGAGACAGAAGUCUCUGCUGUCCAAGUUACUGAAUCCAGAAAAAAAAAAAUGACCUUAUGAACAUGGGAAAAGAAAUCCAGCUAAGGCCCAAGGCAAAUGUCUCUUCUUACAUCCACUUUUUUUUGAAUUACAGGAACAAGUUCAAGGAGCAGCAGCCAAAUACCUACCUUGGCUUUAAAGAGUUCUCUAGAAAGUGUUCAGAAAAAUGGAGGUCCAUCUCAAAGCAUGAAAAGGCCAAAUAUGAAGCCCUGGCCAAGCUCGACAAAGCCCGGUACCAGGAAGAGAUGAUGAAUUAUGUUGGCAAGAAGAAGAAGCGGAGAAAGCGGGACCCCCAGGCGCCCAGACGCCCCCCAUCAUCCUUCCUGCUCUUCUGCCAAGACCACUAUGCUCAGCUGAAGAGGGAGAAUCCGAACUGGUCAGUAGUGCAGGUGGCAAAGGCCUCGGGGAAGAUGUGGUCGGCAAAAACAGAUGCUGAAAAGCAGCCGUAUGAGCAAAAGGCAGCUCUCCUGAGAGCCAAAUACCAAGAGGAGUUGGAAAUCUACCGUAAACAACGUAAUGCCAGGAAGGGCCUCCAAGGGUCGGCUAAGAACCAGCAUAGGGGGAAAACUGACUCGGACAAAGCUGAUGGAUCCAAUUAGAAAUAAAAUGCCAUUCAACUAUA